UCGAGUCAGUGGCGGUUGGUUGCUAACAAACAUGGCGGAUGAGUUGACGUUCACUAGCGAAGCUGUUUUGAAAUAUUUGGUGGAUAACGGUGGUAAAGUCAGCAAUCAUGAAUUGGUAAAACAUUUCAAAAAGUUCCUAACAGGGCCAGAAAGUCAGCCUGAUGCUCGAGCAGUAUUUAAAGAAUAUGUGAAUGCUGUAGCUACAAUUAAACAAGAAGAUGGAGUUAAAUAUGUAGUUUUAAAGAAAAGAUCUCGCAUCGAAAAAAAUGGAGUCGAAUCUUUUACCCCUGAAAGUUUAAGCAAAGUGCCUGAAGAUUCCAUGACCGAGGCGAAGAAGUUCAAGUUAAGCAAUGAAAGUGUUAAUUCUUCUCAAAGUCAGGGAGUGUCUCAUGUUGGUAUCCUGCACAGCCACUCUAGUCCUUCCAUUUUAAGCAUGGGUCCUACACAGACAACGCCACCUGUUUUAUGGAGCUCUGAUCUGCCUCCUGGACAUGUGCCUCAACCGCCACCUAGACGCAAGCAUUCCAUGAGAGGGAAAGAAAACAGAGGUGCUAAAUAUGAAGAGAGUAUACGGCAAUUAAAUGAAGGAAGAGAAAUUAAUUCUAGUCCUAGAAAGGAGGAAAUCCAGGAAGUUGUGAGCCCUGGUAAUGUAAAGGAAAAGGCACACUUUCUCAACAAAAUGGCAUCAGAAUCAGAUCCAUCGCAGAAACAACCAACUGUUCCUGGAAGACGGCGAGACCAUCGUGAUGAUAAGGCUGGCGAUGAUGAUGAUACUGCUUCUGUUUCAACAUUGGAUCCCCGUAGGAAAGAGUGGAUUGUAAAGGCUGCUCGAUGUGAUUAUCAUGAAUUGGUCAGAUUAUUGCGAGAGGAGCCCAAACUGGCUUACGUGAAGGACCAUAAUAAGUUCACUGCAUUGCAUUGGGCCGCAAAGCAUGGUAAUCUGGAUGUUAUUAAACUUCUCGCUGGCACCUACAAAGUGGAUCCAAAUGCAAGAACUGGUGGUUACAGUGCUAUGCAUCUCGCUGCCAUGUUCGGACGAGAAGAAAUAAUGGAAGUUCUCAUUAACACAUAUCAAGCGGAUCCGAGCCUGAGAGACUACAGCGGAAAGAGGCCACUCAGUUACCUGGCAAAGAAUCAAGCUGAGCGUUUCCUAACUUUGUUUCCUUCGCUGACAUAUCCAGUCGUUUUAUGUGGUAAAGCAGUAACCGGUCGGAAAGAUAAAGAUCCCGGACUGGUACGCAUGGGUUCUCUGAACAGCAAAACCAAGAAAACAUCUGUCCUUUAUUCUGGAGGUAGAGCUAUUACACGGAUGAAAAGUUGGGGCUCUGCUGACAAUAUACAAGAUAGAGCUAUCAAUUUGAUGCCUCCACCCAAAACGUAUCCAAAAAAGAAAAAGUCCCGGAAACAUGCUGAUAUUAUAGGAAUUUCUGAAAACUGGCGAGGACGAUCAGGAGAUUCUGAUUCCGAUAGUGCUUCUGGAGUGAUCUCCUGAGAUUUGUUUUCAUUCCUUUGUUGGAGAAUCUUAACUAUUUUUUAUACAGUCAUGUUUUUACUGUUUUAUUGAUAUUUUAUUAUAGAUUUAUUUACUGUUGUAACAUUUGUAUGACUCAAUAGAAUUUUUUCUUUUGGUGAAAAAUAUUUUGAAGUAGCUUUUGUAUUAUGCUUUUUUGUGAAAGAUUUCUUUUUAAACUUAUUUUAUGCAUUUUUGAGUGUACACGAAUCAGUACUAGUAUUGCAUUUUCUCCUAGAUAUCUUUUUUCUUAGACAUUAUUUUAAUAAAAAAUAUUUUUCUGCACAUGCUCAUUAUCAUAGGGCAUUUGUAUCUUUUAUACAGUAUAUCAGUUCUAUUAGUUUUAUAGUUUAUAAUAUCUAAUAGGGAAAACAAUUUUUAGUUCUUUUAGGUUUGUGCCAAAUAUUGCCAAUAUUUGCUUCUUCUUUAAAUUCAUCUGAAAUCAUUGUUAUUGAUAUAGCAUUCCUUGCAAUUUUCUUGAUUUGCUGUGAUCUUCAUUUUGAAAUGUUAAUGUUGUUUUAAACUGUGGUUAAAAAGACAAAUAUGUCAUUCUUCAUAUGUAUUCAUUCCAUUAUUUGGACAUUGUGAUUUUGGAUUAGUACUUAUAGAUUAAUUAAAAUAGUUUUAGAGUUUCAGUGCUUGAACAGUAAAAUAAUAUUAUAAUUAUUUUAAAUACAGUAAGAAAUUGUACAUUGAACUUUUUAAAUUGAAAUGUGGAAAAACACAUGCUCAAGUUAAGGGUCUUCUUAAGUGAUUUUUAUUGAUGCAAUGCAUAUUUCUGUACAUACAAAUUGAAUAAUAAAUAUCAUUAGUGACAAAAUA